CACGGGCCCAUCUCACAGCAUAUAAAAGGCUCUGAAGUGCUGAUACUUUUACCACACCUCCCCUUCCGGAGUUGCCGCUUACCGAUGUCUGCAACGAUCGACAAGCUGCCCACAGAAAUUCUGUUCUACAUAUCCGAGUGGUACUCUGUUUGCGUUGCUCCUCUUUCGACUUUCAGCCUCUCCGCUCCGUAUGAUGAGGACUCUGUACUGCGCGUCGGCCCUGGCAUCCACGGGCGCCUGCCAAUUUGUGGCGCGAGCGUCCUGCGAGCCGUUUCACGAAGGUGGUGCGUUUUGGCUGACGCAUCCUCGUCACUCUGGGCGACGAUCUUCCUAUACCACCCAUCGGACUUUGGGAUCCAGCAACUCACCAAGUAUCUCGACCGCGCUGGUCAACGUCCCAUGACGCUUCACUUUACCGAAGAACUAUGCAGCAAGGCCCCUGUCGCCUCGAUCCAGUCCCUGGUCUCGAUCCUGGCAGAUGAACGCUAUAUCCUGCGCUGGAAGGAGCUGGAAAUGUCCUUUCAACACUCGCAGCCAGAAGUGUCUCUCGAAGCUUUCGCACACUUCUUCUCAGCAGCCCGAUCCCCGACCAGCCUCGAACGCUUUGCCCUUCGAAUUGGGUCCCUUGUCCCAUAUAUGUUGGAAGAAUGUCAUACCAAUGCUCUCAGGGCCAUCUGGACAACAGCACUUACCCGCGCACCCAAUCUGAAGGCAAUUGACUGCACUGGUGCCUUCCCCCUCCUGCCCCCCGUCCCGACUAACUCUUUGCGGCGUCUGCGGCAUAUAGUGACCGAUUGCAACGUCGAUGAUGACUCCUCUCCGUUGAGAAAUUUAAUGGCCCUGCUGACAGCCUGUCCAGAGCUUGAGGUACUCGACAUCGUUGAUCUUGUAGAGGAUUCAGCCGCGUACGACAAGGGGUCUGCCAUCGCGCCCGUGGUCAACAAACACCUCCACACCUUCCGCGCACGCGCAUGCUGGAUACCUCCUGUCUUUGCAUCCCUCGUGCGUAUGCCCUCCCUCAGACGCCUCGAUCUCGUCGAUGAGUGCGUAAUUGAGAGCAAGACAUUGUGUGAAUGGUUGUAUUUCUCGCACGCGCGCCUAGAAAUGUUGCACUUGGAAGAAACGGAGGGUGUGGACGGUCCCAGUCUGGGGAAAGCUGUGAACCUUGUUGACGUUGAUAUUCUGAAGGACUUGCGCGUGCUGUGUAUCACAGUCCCAUGGUGGGACAGACACUUACCCAAGCCAAUUCUCGGGCUUUACAUCGAUGCCUGCCGUUCCAAGUCUGUCACCGGGUAUCUUGACUUCGAGCAGGCUGUUGAUGCAUACCUGACAGGGACGCAUCAAAGCCAUGAGUGAUACCGUACCUCCAUUCGGAUGCAAUGGUUGCAUGAAAUUGCACAUCGGGUGACGACUCUCAGGGAAACCAGAGGGCUGUAUGAAUCCCAUAAUCAUAUGAAGGCAGUCAGAGCGGAGCCAGCUGAGAGGAAGGGUCCGGGG